CGGUAAGGCGGUUGGCGCGCGCUAGUUAGUUUUACAUCUCCUGGAGGUGAUGCAAAUUUAGAACCCCAGGUGUUGUAUUCAGAUCUUCUAAAGAUGGAGACGUAAAGUUUUGUCAUCUACAUUAUCGAUUACAGGAGGUUUCUUCGGCUUUGAAGAUGUAUAUUCUCUAAGCGCGUGAGCAUGACAGUAUUUUAAAUACAACUGAGCCUAGCGUAGCACUGUUCGUGUGCCGGCGGAAUCCCCUGCAUGUGUCACCCGUCGGGCCUGUGGCUCAUGUCGAUAUCAGGACUGACCUGUCGGCCCGUGGUUCAAUCCGCCGAAGUGACCAUUUAGUUUAAUAUAUUUCCGUAUGCACCUGAUUCUCUAGGACAGUAGGACUUCAAUACCGACCUAAGUUUAAUCUCUCAAGAAUUUGGCCUACAAUUAACGCCUAUCUAUCGAUGCUAUUCACAUAGAGAGAAUGCAAAAAAUUGAUGAGGAAGUAUAUCUUAGAUAGAAUUCAAACAUCUCACAAAAUUGCAAAGUUCGAUACACUCAGUUGUUACAUCGAGUAUCCAUACUUCUCUAGGAGGAUAGCUAAAAAUACUGAGCUCGCCGUGGGAAUCUGUAUGUCAAAAUCAAACAUCUCAGGCCACUCGCUCAACCUGAUAUUAUCCUCUCACAUGCAGCGCCUCUGAGUGGUCAUUUCUCCUUUACGAAAACAAUGAGUGGUCUUCUGAACAGUAAUCGGCAGACCUGCUAUAUACCUGCCACCCCUAUGCCCUACUUGUCGCUAGGAGCAGCGCUGUUAGAACAUCUACAGCCGGGCGCCUUGAACCCUCCUCAAACGUUUAAGCGGCUUGCCCCAUUUCAGACCAGCCAUAAAAUUUUGACCCAGACGUACGCCACAAACGCACAGACUGACCGGCACCUCUUAUAUCCAACCAAAAUAUGAGCGGAUAUGAACCUCCCGGACGCGCCCAUGCGCAUCCGGCAUGUCGGAUCCGGCCCAUGCUAGCCCACCCAACCUCAUAUAUAUUCGUAUCCAUCUGCUCAUCGGACCAAAGCCUACCCACUUCACACUCCUCUCCCCUCCACUCUCUCCGCCACCCGAGCUCACCUUCAGUGAUUUCCGGCCGUCUCCGACAUGACGGACAACAGAUCUGAUUCCGACCAAUCUGGAUCCGUCGACUGGGGUGUCAUCCCAUGCGGGUUGGAGGAGGCAAUGGUGGUCUGCAUUGCACUCCCCGCUCCCGGGAGGACACUGCGCGGCCGACGGACGGAUCUUUCGCGACUCCACAUCGUGGGCUCAACGGGUGCUCGAUUCCUCUAGGGCUGGAUCAUCGCGGUCCCGGCAGCCGAAAAAUCUCUCCUUCCCCAUCACCCGUCGGGCAGACUAUGAGUCCAACCGGGAACGACAGCCCACUGUAGGAAGGAGAGGAUAAGGGUCGCCGAGGCCCGUAUCUCGGCGGAAAUGGCGGCAGUGGAGGCGGCUGAUACGGCGGCAUGGGCGGCCGCAGCAGAGGAAGCCAUCCGCGUCUGUAUUGUGAAGAAAUGACAACGGAGGAACAUGCAUGCCCUCACCUGAGAGCAGAAUCGGGCGGUCCAUGCCAAGGCCGGACUACCACCGAAGGAGGGGAAGGAGGACAACGACGACAAGGACAACUCCAACGACGAGCAGAUUCGGCUCGAUCCCUACUGUGACUUCGACCGACACUUUCGCGAGAAGGACGGCAAGGGCUCCGGGAAGGGCAAGGGCAGUCGUGGAUGAUCUCCACCAUACCCAAACAUGCCAAAUUUUAGUAGUCCGAUGGCAUGUUAGUACUGACGGUGUGGCCGGACGAUGUGUGUAAAAUGCAUCGACGUAGUUGCAUGAGUUUGUAUGUAUUUGAAAUAUGAUAAUUGAGAAGUCUGGAUAUGGAUUGCAUUAUUUAAGGCGUGACUGGUUACUGUACCAGGACGCGCCCGGACAGGUCCGCGAGCAUUUGAGGGACCGGAUAUGUCCAUGGCAACUGUAGAUGCUCUUAGCUCAGUCAGAAUGGACUGGAUUAAUUCGCUGCCCCAGCAAAUGUUAUGCUGUUCGACAGACCCAUCCACGAAUCUCAUCAAGGCUCAACAGACCAGAUAAAGGGGGUCGGGACCCCCGGGUGCUACCACAACUUUUUGGUUGUACUACACACGCAUGAUUACACUAUUCCGCUGUGGCAUAUAAGGUGCCGUGUGGAAUCUUUUAUUCCAAUCUUAUCACAGUAGUCGUUGUCUCGUUGAAAUCAUCCAGACAUAAAUUCCCCAUCGUGAUAUGUGCGUAGAGCUUGAACCAUCAACUUGUGCUCCAUCACUGUUGUAGCCUUCACCUUCUUGAAAGCUUCAAACCCCUCAUCUUUAGGUCGUACGAGAAUGAUCCACAUGUAUCUCAAAUAGUCAUCUACCAAAAAAAAAAGAAAUACUUCUUUCCUGUGUGAGUUACUGGGGUGAUAGGGCCACAUAGAUCAUCAUGGAGCAGGUCAAGUGCAACACUCGCACGAUAGGUAGACUAGGCAGGGAACUGUUUCGAUGUUGUUUUCCAACCAAGCACCCGUCACAUACUCGAUCAACAUGUCGAUAAAUGGCAUCACAUGUACCAUCUUCAUUUUCUACAUCUUCUUCAAGGCGUAAAAGUCAACGUGUCAAAAUCUAGCAUGCCAUAACCAGGAGUCAUCAUCACUCUUGAUGAACCAACACUACGGUUGAGAUUGAGCAAGAUUGAGGAUGUAGAACCUGUUCCACGUGCGAUUUACACGUGCUAGCACGUGUCGGACCUUAUCAAAGAUCGUCAUUACUUUGUUCUAAAUAUCCACCUUGGCAUCCAUUCUCUUCAAGUUUUCUGACAGAGAUGAUGUUGUUGCGAACCCAGGGAUGUAGUAUACUCAGGUGAGUAUGCGAUGUUUGCCUGUGAGACCCUCGAAGAGGACAGAACCUUUAUCGCAAAUCUCCACAACCAAACCAUCACUGAAUUUUACAUAUCCUUCACCAUCGUAUUCUAGCUCGAGGAAUUUUUCAUUGCACCCCGUCAUGUGAUUACUAUCACCCGUGUAGUUACCCAACGUGUUCUAGUUUUUGGAUAAUUUUGGUAUUAUUUUCUUGUGAUGAAGUGGCACGUUCUGGUUUGGUUUCACAAACACGGAUUGGGCAAGGUCGAAAACGUCAGCCAUGAGAAGACCUAAAAGUUCAUCUUUCCGCUACACCAAAUUUUCUUGAUCUCCCUAUUGUUAGGCUACGGACAAUCGUUCGCAAAGUGACUCAUCAUCUCGUUGAAGUGAUAGCGCUCGACCUUGGACAUAUCCAAGUCACGUGGCUCUCGCUCAUUAGAUCAGCACGCCUUACCACAACCUUGUGGCUUGCCUUUUCUGGUCUAUCUGUCGUGCUUUGUGUUACUUGAGCCUUCGCAGCUGUCAUGCUUUCAUUUGCUACUUGGCGACUCCCAAUCUGUGCACUAGUAUAGGAGUUGGUCAACACCUUCUCCCUUACCUUUUCGACAACCACGUGCAUCUCUUUGCAUGUCCAUAGGUGUCCAGUCACCUCCAUUAUGGACAUGUCCGCGAUGUCGUAUAGCUGCUCGAGCAUGCAGAUGAUGUAUGUGAAUUUAUCAGUCGUUGAACAUAAAAAUUUCUCCACAAUCCCGACCUCGAGCUUUCCACCAAACGUGCGGAUCGUUCCCACCAAGGUAAUGAGACACAUGGCAUAGUCGUUCAUGGAUUCAGUUUCCUCCAUCUGUAGCUUGUGAAAUUGCCUCUUGAGUACUUGUGCCAGAACCUUCAUGACGCGAUCUUCUCCAAUUCUCAUGCAUGUGUCCGACGUCUCUCUUGCCGCCACGAACUCCGCCAAUGUCAUCAACACAGACUGGGUUACGUCGUUGUCCAUGAUUGCCUGCUACACUUGUAGGGUUCAGAGAAUAAUUUUCAUCUUCCCUGCCACACGCCACAGUUGGUGUAGGUCAACAUCGGGUUCUAGAUGGGGAUGUUGCAGUGCGAUGAUAAUUUGGCGCUUCUCUCAUUCCUCCACCAAUAGUCGCUGAUUUGCCACCCUUCUUCACCUUGUCGCCAUUCUUGUUUGUCUUGGAACCGCCGUUGCCGGACUUGUUUGCCUUGGAACCAUGACUUCUUCCUGGAGUAGUACGCGCCCGUGUAGCCGAGGAUCAUACUUACACGUGAGUUUGAUCCUAGCUUAUAAAGCCAACAUUUUCAAGAGCACCUUGCACUUAAAAUGGGGGAUGGAAUUGUCCUGGAGCGCAUACUCUCCGGAUCUGAGAAACCAACCAAUCUGGCAUUAGCACUUUUACAGGAGAUUACAGAAAAUUUCUCUGAAAUGAGAAAAAUUGGCGAGGGCGGAUUUGGGGUGGUUUACAAGGGUGUGCUCCACAGUAGGAUUGUUGCCGUGAAGAGGAUAAUUAUGAGUGAACACACAAUCAACGACAGGUUAUUUGAUCGUGAGGUUAAAAGCUUGAUGAAGAUUAUUAGCCAUCGAAAUGUAGUCCGCUUUCUUGGCUUUUGUUCAAAUACACAUCGUGAAGCGAUAAAAGAGGCAGGAUCAACAGAAUUGGUUAUGGCCCAGAUAAGAGAAAGAUUACUUUGUUUUGAGUAUAUCAGCAAUGGAAGCCUUGAUAAACAUAUUACAGAUGAAUUAAGAGGACUUAAAUGGAGUAUACGGUAUGAAAUAAUUAAAGGAAUUUGUCAUGGUUUGCAUUACCUUCACGAGGAAAAUAAUAUUAUCCAUAUGGACCUCAAACCUAGCAAUAUAAUGAUAAAUGAUGAUAUGGUGCCAAAGAUAACAGAUUUUGGUCUAUCAAGACUUGAUAAACACACACACACCAGUGGUGCCCGUUUUAUAACACAGGGAUACUGUGCUCCAGAAUACGUGAAUGGUGGCAAGACGUCAAAAAAGGCUGACAUGUAUAGUUUGGGUGUUAUAAUCACGGAACUGGUAACGGGAUGUAGGGGUGAUCCAAAUAAUGUUAAUGUGCUUCGAAGGUGGAUACACAGGUGGGAUAAAUCACCGAAAGAUACGGUGCUGUCCCAAUACCAGCAAGUAACUAAAUGUUUGAAAAUUGCGGCACACUGCAGGAAAAAAGAACCAUCAAAUAGACCUUUUAUAUUGGAUAUAAUUUGUAUUCUCAAUGAAACUGAAGAAAACAUGAAUGAGCACAUUGACCAGAUACACCUUUACUCGGAUGACAUGCUUGGAAUUAUGCCGCUCGAACUACGGUUUCCUUUUGAGCUUCAUAAGUCAAUAUCAUCCAUAGUUGAGCUAAUCAACAAGACAAAAGGUUACUACGCCUUCAACAUCGAUACGCCAAGCCGACAAUACUGCACACAACCAAACAAAGGCAUUGUGUCACCACAAUCCAAGUUUGCUAUCCAAAUAACAAUGCAAGCACGGGAGAAUACACCACACGGUAUGCCAUACACCGACGUGUUUCUUGUGCAGAGCACAAAAGUCAACAGGGAGGUCAAAGCCGAGGAUAUCACUGAACACAUGUUCAUUAUAGAGCCGGAUGGACUAGAUGAGGUGAAUUUGACGGUUGUGGUAUAUGAUCCCGAGGAACCUAGGGGAGAUAUGAAGAUUCGAGAUGACACCAAGAAGAAAAAGAAUAAGAUUGUUGAGUAUGCUUUUAGCGAGAUCAAACCCAACAUCAAUGCAACUCAUCAAGAAGAGGCAGUUCCGAUGGGCAACAAUUCUAUUAGCUACAAAGAUACACGACGACAAUUUCCCAAGCAACUAGAGUGCCUUAGCUUCCACACAACUCCAAGUAUUUUGGGCAACCAACACAGCAAUAUGAGCAACAGAAUUGUGGAUCUUGCAACCGGGGCCAUGGGCAGCCUGCGCCACAAGCUUGGCGAUCUCCUCAACAAAGAGUACAAUCUAGAGAUAAGCGUGAAGAUAGACAUAGAGUCUUUAUCAGAAGAGCUGAGGGAGAUGCAGCUAGCCUUGUGCAAGGUGUCGGAGGUACAUCGGGACUACCUCGAUGACAAGGUCAAGCGCUGGGCUGACAGUGUCAGGGAGAUGUCAUAUGACAUUGAGGAUGUUGUUGAUGGAUUCCUGGUACACAUUGGGCAUGCCUCUGACAUGGGCCUCUUCAUGGGGCUCAUGCAUAGGAUGUUCAACCUCUUCACGUGGGGCAAGACUCACAAUCCGAUUGAAGACGCUAUCAAAGACAUCAAGAAACAAGUUCAGGUUGUGGCUGAUAGACGUGAAAGAUGCAAGGUUGAUGAAGUCAUGGCUAAUGUAGCUGACACUAUUACCUUUGAUCCUCGCAUUUUGGCUAUAUACAAAGAUCCAAAGGAGCUCGUUGGCAUCAAAGAGCCAAGAAACAAGCUAAUCAGGUGGCUCUCUAAUAAGGAUGGGGAUGGGAAUGUCUCAAAACCGCAACUCAAGAUAGUUUCGAUCGUCGGAUUUGGAGGAUUGGGCAAGACAACACUUGCCAAGGCAGUGUAUGACGAGCUUCAAUCCCAAUUCCAACAUAGAGCUUUUGUUUCAGUGGGUCGGAAUCCUAAUGUGAAGAAACUUUUUGAGCAUAUUCUAGAUAAAUUUGGCUAUGGUUCCAAGGAAGCAAAGUUAAACGAAAUGCAGCUCAUCGACAAAAUGCGAAGAUUGCUUCAGAACGACAGGUACUUCAUAGUAAUCGAUGAUAUAUGGGAUUCCCCGACGUGGAAUGUUAUUAAAUGUGCUUUUACAAAAGACGAUUGUGGCAGUAUUGUGGUAACAACUACCAGGAUUCACAAUGUUGCACAUGACUGUUGCAGACAUAGCAAAGGAUAUGUUCAUGAGAUGGAACCACUAAGUCCCCAAGACUCAAGAAAACUACUUGUUAGUAGAAUAUUUGGUUCCAAAGAAGCUCAUCCUUAUGUACCAGAUGAUAUUUCAAGUGAUAUUCUGAAAAAAUGUGGUGGCUUGCCACUUGCUAUUAUCAGUAUAGCAAGCCUUCUGGUUCAUAACCCAAGGUCAAGAUGGGAUUCUGUAAGGAAUUCUUUGGUGUCCGUGUUUGAUGGAAAUCAUGAUGAUCUUAAAAAUAUGGAGCAAGUAUUGGAUCUUAGCUACACGCAUCUAUCUUACCAUCUUAAGACAUGCCUGCUUGAUAUUGGUAAGUAUCUAGAGGAUAGCGAGAUAAAAAAAGAGGAUUUGUUGAGGCAGUGGACAGCUCAAGGCUUUGUGAGUAAAACUCGUCUGCGUGAUGCAGAGGAUGUCGCAGAAGACUACUUCUAUAAGCUCAUCAACAUGAGCAUGAUCCAACCCGUGGAGAUAGACUACAAUGAUGAGGUGUUGUCUUGCAGAGUACAUGAUAUAAUGCUUGAUCUCAUUAGAUCCAAGGCUGCUGAAGAGAAUUUUAAUCUUGUUAUUGAUGGGCCAGAAGUUGUGACAGGAGAACAAAGAAGGGUCCGUCGAGUCUCCAUUCAGUACAAUGGUGAAGACGAUGGCGGAAUACUGGCAGCAAUCAAUGGGUCACUAUCACAUGUCCGGUCAGUCUUACUUUUAAGAGGGUCUCUUGUGCAUUCUUUUCUGGUGCUGAAGUUUAUCCGAGUUCUUUACAUUAUAGAUUGGAGAUGUGAGAGACUAGAUCUCACCGAUAUUCGUUGGUUGUUUCUACUAAGAUAUCUGAAGAUUUGUGUCAGGAAAGAUUUGAUCAUACCUAGUAAAAUUGGGGAGUUGCAGCAAUUGGAGACAAUAGAAAUUAAAGGGCGAACAUUUCUUCCAUCAGAUAUUGUUACUUUGCCUCGGUUGUCACAUCUCAGUUAUUCAAAUCAUGUGUUGUUGCCUGACGAAAUCGGAAGGUUGAAAUCUCUUCACACCUUGCGAGGUGUUGAUUUCAUUCAAAGCUCGGUAGAAAAUAUCAAGGGCCUUGGUGAGCUGACAAACUUAAGGGAACUUGAGAUGGCUUGGAAAUUUGUUAAGGGAGCGGUCAACAUGCGUGUUGAUGCCUUGUGCUCUUCCAUUGGAAAGCUUUCUUGCAGUCUCAGGAGCCUUAGUAUUGGGUCCAAAUGCCUUCAAGACCUAUGGGUCGAUGGCUGGAGCAGCACACUAACCCCACCUCGUCGUCUUCAUAAGCUUGAUCUGUAUAGAUGUGAAUUCCAAAAAAUCCCCCAAUGGAUUGCUCAGCUCCACGAGCUUGACAGUUUAACUCUUUCCGUCAGGGAGGCUGCUGAUGGUGUCAGUAUUGUUGCAGGGUUGCCUUCCCUUGCCUACCUAAGACUAUAUAUACGUUCGGUUGACAAAAGGGAAGAAAGGGUAAUCAUCUCCGGCAGGGAAUUCAGAGCACUCAAGCACAUGAAUUUGGAAUGUCCAUAUCUGUCGCUGGUCUUCCAAGUGGGGGCUCUGCCCAAGCUAGAGACGCUUUUGAUGCGAUGCCGUUACCACAUUUCUGCCGAAUUCGUACCGGUUGGCAUUGAGAACUUGCCAUCUGGCACUCUUCGUGAGAUUCGUUUAGUGGUGGCUGAUUGUUUUGGAGGUCAUGGUGACGACGAUAACGGCGACUACAAUGACAAAGCAGCUGUGAGGUCGCAGUUGAUGAGAUCAUUUUGGCCACAUCAUCCUUCUGCUAACAUCACCAUUGAAUUUCUUUCGGAGUUUAGGUUGUGAUUUUGUCAAAUAGUGAAUCUCACAUCCUUCAAGUCCUUGGCCAAAACUCUUAAGUAGCUACUCGGAGUUCCGGUCUGCAACUGUAAGAAUAUUUUUCUAGAUAUUCGAUAUGGCCGAUGUAAUAUAUUGCUUGAUUAUUGAUCAAAGAUUUAGCAUGAUGGUCACUAAAUAUAAUGGAACAUGAUUUUAAUUC